AUGCCGAAACAAGCUCAUUUAAGCGACUCUGAGAAGUCUCUUAUUGUCAAGAGGCUCGCUGAAGGCAGGGGAACUCUCGAUAUUGCAAAGGAACUCGCCAGAGAUCAUCGAACGAUCAAGAAGUACUUGGCAGACCCUUCCAAGGUAUACUCUAGGAAGGGUGGGAAGUAUAAAAAGUCGGUAACGGACCGAGAGAGGCGGAGAGUCAAACACGAAGUCAGUCGCUGUCCUUUGAGUAGUAGUAAGCAAUUAUUCGAGGCAGCCGGGAUCGGGAAUUAUAGCAAAAGUACGAGAUGCAGGGUGUUAAGCACCAUCGGGAAGGUGGUGAAGGCCAAGUCCAGGCCAUCACUUACGAAAGUUCGUAGAGAGAAGAGAUUGGAAUGGGCCAAGGAUCACAUGAAGGUGGACUUCUCGAAAGUCUUGUGGACGGAUGAAUCGCGUGCCACCUUGGAUGGGCUCGAGGAUGGAUACAGGAUGGCGCUGCCCAUCCAACCCGAUCAAAACGCCAGCAAGGGGGUGGAGGGGUAA